ACUAAUAAAUAAUCAAUGUUUCCAUAAUUUUAAAAUGAAUAUCCAUAAUAAGAUCCUCGCAAAAAACCACUAGGAAAAAAUCUUUAUAAACCAAAAUAUGUCUCUCAAAAAAGGCAUGAAAAAAUUCUAUAGACAUUAAGCUAAAAAUAGUAGUUUCUAGAUUUAAUAAAUAAAGAUUAAAAAGAAGGAUUAUUCGAAAUGAUAAAUAAAGGUAAAUUAUAUAAAAACACAGAUCUUUCAUCUGCCUUUUUUGGUCCUUAAUCAGGUUCUAUAAUAGUAACUUAAUAAGCAAAAUUUUUUGAUAAUAUCGAAAAGAAUGUAAAAAAAUAAAUAAGCACUGGCACAGAAAAUAAAAUUUAAAUGUUCAAGCUCGAAUAACCUGAUUUUUUACCUUCUAUAUAAUCAACUUAAUAAAUAAAAUAAUUAUAAAUAUAAUCUAAUAUUAAUAAUAUUUCAAAAUAAAAAAUGAACUCUGAUUUGAAUAGUUUUAUGAUAGAUACUUUUCCAAAAACAUCUUCUUAAUAAUAAAAGGAAAUUAAUUUAGAUAUUUAAGACCCUAAAACAUAUCCUUAAGUAUUAGAUACUUAUUCUUUGCAUCAUUUUAUAAUAAGAAAAGGUAAAACUUUAGAAGAAACUCCGGAAUUUUAAAGUUAUAAAAGAAUGUUUUCGAAAGAAUGGCCUUAUUUAAAGAACAUAAUAAAAAGCCUGGAAAAACUUAUGAAGGAUUAUGGGGUUUAAAUUGCUUAAAUUGAUGGAAAAUAACUUGUGAAUUAUUCAUAAUAAAAGAUAAUACCAUAAUUAGAGCAUUUAAUAGAUUCUUGUAUAAAUUAAGAAGAUAUAUUAAAGGUUAUAAAAAUUCCAAAACUUCAAUAUAGAGGUACUUAAGGAAAAAUUAAAGCAGCAACAAAAAUACAAAGUGUAUGGAGAAUGUAUAAAAGUUUAAAAGAAUAUCAAAGAAUUUAAAUAAUGGUGUAAAAAGUUAAGUUUAUAUAAAGUUAAUUUCGCUUAUUUAUAAACAAGAAAUAAACUCGAAAAAAAAUAAUUAUAAAAAAUUAAUGGGAAAUAGAUUUUCAUAAAACUCUCCAAUAAAAGUUUAAAGAAGAUUGGAAUAUAUUAAAGCAUAAAAACAGAGUAGAAAUUCAUAUUAACUCUUUUUCAUUUGAUGAAUUGAAAAGACUUUCUAUGGAAAAAAUUUCAUAAAGAUAAAAUAUCUAAAUAACAAGGAUAUUCGCCCUUAAAGAUCCUUUAUUAGAAAUUAUAUAUAUUUCUCCUUACUAGCUUUCAAGUGAAAUAGUAAAUUAUUACUAUAAAAUUUUAGAGUUAGGAGAUAUACAGAAUUAUAAAGAUAGACUCCAUUUUAUUUAUCCUGAAAACUCUUGUUAAUUCCCUUCUCAUUUUUCAACUUCAUCUCUUCUCCUUUAUUCUCCAUAAGCAAUAAAUAGAAUAAAAAAGUUAAUAAAAGGUAAAUAAGCAUUUAUAGUGCCUGGAUAUCCUUCAAAUGAUGAUAUUAGACUUUCAAAAAGUAUUGAAGCACCUUUAAUGUGUGGUGAGCCUUAAUAACAUAUGAUUUAUUCUACAAAAUCUGGUUCAAAAAGAAUUUUUAAUAUAUGCGAUGUACCUACUCCUCCCGGUGCCUUUGAAAUUUAUGAAGAAAAGGAGUUCAUAAACACUUUAGCUAUUUUAAUUUUAAACAAUAUAAAAAUUGAUACUUGGUUAUUUAAAAUUGAUGAUGAAAUUAAUAGUAGGGGAAUUGCUUACUUAACUGUUGACAAUAUUUCUUUUAUCAAAAAUUUGAGAAAAAUAAAUGCAACAAUAGAAAUAAACUAAGAUUUACUACAUAAAAUAUAAGAAGUUUUAACCAAAAGCCUUCCAUCAAAAAUAAAAAUGGCGAUUCCUUCACUUUAUUAAAAUUAUAAAUAAUUUAUUAAUUAUUUUGUUAGAAAAGGAGGUAUUAUUGAAGCAAGUCCUACUUAUUAAUCUAACUAAAUAAGUUCACCUUCUAUAUUUUUUCAAAUAGAUCCUGUAGGAGCUAUUAAAGUACCUAAAAUAAAAUAUUUAUAUAAAAUAAAAAUUACAUACAUAUUAUAGGUAUUAGGUUCUUAUGAUAAAAUAACAGGCCCAUAAUAUAGAGUUAUAGGUUGCUCAGGUUCUUAAUAAUCUCUUGUAAAUAUGAACUUAGAACUCAUAUGUAAUAUUAUUGGUAAAACUUUAUUUGAAAAAGGUGUUUUUGGUUAUAUUACUAUUGAUUUGAUUGCUUUUCCUGACCCUUCCAACUAUAAUGCACACCCGCUAUUCUGGGCAAUUGGUUUAGAUUGUUUUUUAAAUAAUUACUCUGCAGCAUUUUUUUACUUUUAUUUUUUGGUUAAAGGACAUGCUAAUAGUAUUACUGGCGAAUGUAUUUUGGAAUAAAAUAGCAACUUUUUGAAAAAUAGUUAGAGUUUAUCUUAAAUAGUAAAAAAUUAACCUAAUUAAAUUGAAGAUACAAGAUCUUUUGUUUAUUGCCCUUAUAUUUAGCAUUCUGGAAUUGAAUAAUUAUAAUAUAAAACUUUCUUUCAUUUAUGUAGACUUGAAUAAAUAUCAUUUGAUAUUGAAAAAAAAUACGGAUCAACCUUUAUUUUAGUUGAUUCUCUUUAAAGCUCUUUAGUUGGAAUUAUGACAGUUGGUAACUUUUAUUUAUUUUUAUAUAAUUAUUUUUAAAAAAGCUGA